AUGUUGAUGAAAUAUAAGGCAGAGGGAGAGUCCCGACUGCAAGAAGAGAAAAGAAUUACUGAGAGGAGGAGAAAUAUUCUUGUUAUUGUUUAGAGACAUCUUAUUAACUGUGGCUAUAUCGAUGCAGCAAAUGCACUUACCAGAGAAUGUAAUCUUGGCCUUGAUAAAUGGGAAGUAGCUGAUAAUAUCGACUUAUUCUAUAUUGUACAGGAUUUCGAAGAAUACUAUGAAAUGAAAUUUUAGAGGAAACCAACAAUGGUAAGAAAGUCCUUUAAUGAGGUGGACCCUAAAAAAUAAAGAGUUAACUUGCCUAAGAUAAAUUCAGCCUAAUCAAAUCAAUCUAGAGAUAAUGGAUAGAAUGGCUCAAAUUCAGUUCCAAAUAUCUAAAGUAAUGUCGCAGCAGUGGGAGGAUAAAUGAAUAAACCAUAGGGUACUAUUUAUAAUGGCAAAGCACCACUUGCCAAACAAAAGUCUUAAAAUGGUAAAGGUGAGGAAAGUAAAGCAGACACCCCUUUUGUGCUUGAAGGAAAAAAUAUCAAGAUGCUUAAGAAAGAAGAAGUAGAUCAAGUAGAAGAAUAUUUUGAAAAUAGGAUAAUAAAACCACUUCCAGAUUAUUCAUUUAACCCUGAGCUUAAAGAACUUGCUCUGACUAUCUAAAGAGAAAUUAUCAAUGAAAACCCAAAUGUUAGGUUUCAUGAUAUUGUAGGGUUAGAUGAAGCUAAAAGACUUCUUAAAGAGGCAGUAUUAAUGCCCUUAAAGUAUCCUCACUUCUUUACAGGUAUUUUAGAGCCUUGGAAAGGUAUUUUACUCUUUGGACCACCCGGUACUGGAAAGACUAUGCUUGCUAAGGCAGUAGCUACUGAAUGCAGGACUACUUUCUUUAAUAUGUCUGCUUCAACUAUCGUUAGUAAAUGGAGAGGAGACUCCGAGAAACUUGUUAGAUUGCUAUUUGAGAUAGCUAGAUUCCAUCAGCCUAGUACUAUCUUCUUUGAUGAAAUUGACUCUAUCAUGAGUUCAAGAACCUCAACUGGAGAGCAUGAGGCUAGUAGAAGAAUGAAAACUGAAUUACUUAUUUAACUUGACGGACUUAUUAAGUCAUCCAAUGAAAGAGUAUUUCUUCUUGCAGCAAGCAACCUCCCAUGGGAAUUAGACACAGCACUCCUAAGAAGGCUUGAAAAGAGAAUUCUAGUUCCACUCCCAAGCAAAGAGGCUAGAGAAGAUAUGAUAAGGAAACUUAUUCCAACAAAAAGCUCCGAUAAUCUUGAUUAUGACACAUUCUCUUAAUAUGGUAGUGAUAUCAGAUUAGUGUGUAAAGAAGCAGCCAUGAAACCUUUAAGAAGGUUGAUGAGUGAGAUCGAAAUAUAAACAGACUUUAAUAACAUUAAUUGGAGUAUAUAGGCUGAUCCUAAAUCCAUGCCUUCACCAGGGCCAGUUACAAAUCAAGAUUUCAAUAAUGCUAUAAGUACUACGAAGGCCGCUACUCAUCAUACUAACAUUGGCAAAUAUCAAAAGUGGAUGGACGAUUUUGGUUCUGUUUGA